AUGUCAAGCUCGAUGGAAGCGAGACCCCUCGCGUCGGCGAUGGAAAGUCCGACAUUUGACGAGGACAGUUCGUUCCAUGUAGAGCAGCCGGUUGGAUCUAUGUCAAUAUCCCCCUGUGGACGAGAUGUCGUUCUCGCGUCCAAGGAGGGUCUACAUGUCAUUGAUUUGGAUUCCCCGUACUCGCCGCCAAGGUAUCUCCCUCACCACACACCAUGGGAGGUUGCCGAUGUACAGUGGUCGCCAUUUGCCGCGCGCGACCAAUGGGUCGUCAGUACGUCCAAUCAGAAGGCGUUAGUAUGGAAUUUGGCAAUGAAGACAUGGCAAAACUCCAUUGAGAUUGUCUUGCAUGCCCAUUCUCGUGCUAUCACCGAUAUUAAUUUCUCGGCAUUUCACCCCGAUCUUCUGGCUACCUGUUCUGUGGACAGCUUUGUACAUUGCUGGGACUUGCGCGCUCCAUCGCGGCCGGCUGUAUCCUUCUCGGAUUGGUUUACCGGUGCGACUCAGGUCAAAUGGAAUCGACAAGAUCCUCAUGUUAUCGCGAGUUCUCACGAUAGAUUUCUUCGCAUCUGGGACGAUCGAAUGGGUGCAUACCCAAUCAAGUCCAUUGAAGCGCAUAACACCAAGAUCUAUGGCGUUGACUGGAAUCGAGUUCGACGCGGUGCCUUGGUGACUUGCUCCCUGGAUAGAACUGUCAAGUUCUGGGACUAUACCACCGACACAGCCGAUGUUCCGGAAAAACAGGUUCAUACACCUUUCCCCGUUUGGCGGGCCCGCAAUACACCCUUCGGAUGGGGUGUGCUUGCCAUGCCACAGAGAGGCAACAAUGAUCUCCACCUCUACAGUCGGCGAGCUGAGGAGGGUUCAUCUCCGGAAGACGACUUGCCUUUAGUGCAUAGCUUCCCCGGACACAAGGGACAAGUUAAAGAGUUCCUUUGGAGGCCGCGCGGGGGUGUCGCAGACGGCAUUGAUCACCGCGAGUAUCAAUUAGUAACUUGGGGAACCGAUAGGGAGCUUCGACUGCACAGGGUCGAUCCUGAGAUUCUACAGCGCGUUGGCUACGAGAAGGGCAAGUCCUUCAUAUCUACGCGAACCGUCACACGACUUGGUGCGGUGUACAGGAGUUUCCGCGAUGUCAAUUCUGAUUUGGAGAUUGAUGACCUUGACACUGCUUCCUCAGUUGGUGCUCAAAACCAAAAUGGAGCAACUGGUACCGGUAUGAAUGCCAUCACUGUUCCGCACGCUCGUGGCUGGAUCAAGGGCGGUCAUGUUGACCGAGUCGGCAUGCAGCCAAGAUCGAAUUUGAGGGCUGAUACCAAUCCAAUUGCUUGGAUGCGUGGCGUGAAGAUUUCUGGCUGGGAUAUAGAAACCCUGGGAGACGAAAUCAGUCAUGUUGGCGAGAAAUUCACCAAGGUUGCCUUUGACUCAGUUGAUGUUCGCCAAAGAAAAAUUUCAAUAUCGCUCAAUGGGCCCUGGGGUGCCGAUGGGGCCUCACUAUUCCUGAAAGUGGACAUCAAGUUCCCGGUCAGCUACCCAAAAACUGCCAUUCCAACUUUUGCGUUUCAGAAGACAGCAGCGGUGACCGAUGAAUGGGCCGCAAAAAUCACUGCCGAGCUGAGAACAAUUGCCGAAACGUACAUGUCCCGAAACCGCGGAUGUCUAGAAGGGGCUGUUCGUUUUCUGCUGGGUGAAAGCAGCCUAGAAGAGAGUAUUGCCUGGAUUCUUGGGGAGACUGGCGACAAUUUCAAAUCUCCAAUCAAUGGUGAAUUAGAAGGAGAAUCGAGCGAUGAAGAUGAAGUCGGGAUGACCCAAAGUCAAGAGCUGGGAAUGAGCUCCGAGCUCCUCCGGCCUAUCAAUGCCAACGUGAUGGUGCCAGUGGCCAAGGCAUGCGGAGCACUUUGGGCAAACGAUGGCCGUCUUGUAUGCUUCUUCCCGCCGAAGCAAAAAAAAGACAAAUCAGCAGAGUUGUUCGAAAAUAUGGGCUUUAAGGAGAUGACUCGAUGGUCUCGAGGGGACAAAGUCUUCGAAGGGUUUGGCCGCCUGCACACAAACUCUCCUGGUCCGCGGGGAAAGGGAACAAUAACCAGCACCGAAGAUGGGGCUUCAUCCGACUCAGACGAGUCAUACUCGGACACGUCAAGCUCCUCGGGUUCAUCUGACAUCCUUUCUGGGCUACCAACGCGCUUCCCUGCACCUCAAACAUGGCGCAGUGCUGGAAGCUACGGAAUGCACCGACCGCGAUCGACAGAUAACUCUCAGCGGUCGAUUGGAGGCACUGGCACUCUUAAAUCCGAAGGGCCUCAGAAUAUUGUCUCAAUCCAUAAUUUGAGUGAUAUUUUACCAGUCAAGCGGGAAUUGGCCUGUCAAUAUCGCAUCUGCGGCAAAGGGACAGAUGUAUGUGCCCAUAAUGCCGCUGUGGCCCUAGACGCUGGGUGCUAUGAACUAGCCCAGAUCUGGGGUCUGAUAAAGUUGAUUUUACAUGUUCGGAAGAAUCCAUCCAUGCCCGAGUCAGGGUUGCUGCAACGACGUCUGCGCAUGAACGGUGGUGAUCUUGGUGGCCUUGGACGAGACGGAAUGUACAGAGAUAUGUCCGGGAGCAUCAUUCGUUGGGGUGAUCACCCCCUUGGCAGCCAUUGGCUUGUCCCUGCCCUAUUUGAACACUUUGAGCGCAUUGGAGAUGUGCAGAUGGUGGCAAUGCUUUCUUGUGUGCUAUUAGAAGCCAGCCAAGAGGGAGCUCUGGAGACUCAAGCUAAGAAGCAACUCGGACAACCGGCCUUUUCACUGAAUUUCUCCUCAUUGGCACCAGUGGUUCAAGGCAAGUUGCCAGCGGUGACGCCUGCCUCGUCCGUUUCAAAAGAGAUCCACACCACACCCACUGCCCAGACUUCAGCUAGAUCGUCCAGUGAAGUUUGGCGUCUGGAAUCAACACCACCGCAUUCCACGGGCACCACACCUCCAGUUAUGGCUCGCCCGCGAGGCAUUGCUGCUGACCGAAAGACCUUGAGUCACAAUGUCUCGAUAGCUGCGUCGCCCGAUCAACAAUCCCAACCACGAAGUGGAUCUGGAUUUGGGUCUGUUCUGGCGUCGUCAUUGUCUCGUUCGUUCACCUUCGGGCCAUCAUCGGCCUCACCACCGACAAGUAGGAUGGAUAAGAAAAAGCAGACCCCCCAGGACAGCCCGAGCGUGGUGGCUGGGCAAUCGUCUCAGGCUCAAUCCGACACUGAAAGUGACCAUGCACCUGAAUCAGCACCACCGCCUGCAAGGUUCAAGGUUACAUUCAAGAACCAGGAUGCCUUUGAAAGCGACGGACCAACACAUUAUUCUCUUCUUGACCACAACAAGGAACUGCUGUAUCGCUCAUACCGUGCCGCAUACGCUAAUUUGCUGGCUUUAUGGGAUCUCCCCGUCCAACAAAGCGAAGUCUUGAAAUUCGGUGCCGUUCCUGAUCGAGUAGACGAUAUGGCCACAAGCCAUUACUGGAAUUCCUCCAACCCCAGCAGCGAAACAUCCCUCAAAGACCCACAACCAACAAUAACCACCCAAGCCCUGGAUUUCCAGCGCCAUUGCGCAAGCUGUGGACACGCACUGCAACGAUCCAUCUUCACCAAACACCCAACCGCCCCCGACACCCCCUCCAAGCGCCAGCGCAAAACCUCACUCCGUCGAUGCCCAAACUGCAGGCCCCGACAAGCACUCCCUACCAAACUACCCUGCGUCAUCUGCGGCGAGGUAGUAGACGGCAUGUUAAUCCCAUGCCUAAGUUGCGGACACGUGAGCUGCUUCGACUGCCAUCGACGCUGGUUCCUUCAACCCGACCACACAGAGCAUCCAGACCAGAAAUCCCUUCCAGCCUGUCCAACCGGAUGCGGUUGUCAAUGCUCCGAACACAUCGCCGUCAACGUCCCCAUGCCCGUGGAGACAGUCCCCACACCGGAAUACUCACCAGCCCCGCAUCCAGCCGUGACACAGGCGAAGAAUUCCCGUCGCAGACAGUCUGAACCUGCAGUGUCGGAUCCAAGUCGCAAGUCUCUUCCGCCUAGAGAGGUCCCUCGACCUGAAGAUGAUUUGAAUCCGUGGGAAGAGUCUUCCCCGUUUGCUUCGUUGGCGCGCGGUCUUGGCGGUGGAUUGAGUCGAGGGUUGAGGGGGAAAGAGGAGCGCAGGAAGAAUAAGUCUGUUGCUGUGACUCCUAAUGUGAAGAGUCCUUGA